ACAGAGGCAUUGUCUAUGACUCGUAAUAAGAAAAGAGCAUUAGUUUGUCUUAAGAUUUCACAUCACUACUAGUAUUUCAAGACUACAGAGGGCUCGUGUGAUAAAGGAUCACCAGACUGUAAUGACCCGGAAGCAAACUGUGCGAACGUUGACUCUCGUGGCGUGGUCGCUGCUUGCUCUCGCUCAUGGAGACUAUGGAAUGUUUAGGAUGGGUCAAAAAUGUCCGGUGCUCAAACCCGUCAUCAAGGUCGACUGGAAAAAGAUGGAACGAGUCGAUUGGCUGCAAGGACUCACUUUUCCCGUGGACUAUAAGGACUGCCUCAUAAUGAACUUUUAUCCACAUAACAAAACUCUGUUUCUGCAAUGGACUGACGGACCUUAUAGCCGUAUAAAAGAGCCAGCUCAUGUCACCUUUCUACUCAGCGGCACUAAGCAGUAUUGGGGCAAACAUUACAAAAAGUUCCAGCAGGUUUUAGAUACCGACUAUUCGACGUGGGCCCUACUCCACCACUGCUGGGAAGACGCCACAGGAUCCUGGUUCAUGAUUCUCCUGAGAAAACCAAUGAAGACGAUACCCGAAAACAUAAUGGCGAGAGUCAAGAGGUCAAUGACUAAGGCUGGGCGCACCAAGAAGUACUGGUGGAAGCGUUCUCGCUGUAUGCUCCCGGAACAUGCUCAAGAGCUCACGGAAGCGGACGGACUUGUGCCAUAGAGCGGCAAUAAAGGUGCGUCGUUGAACGAAA